AUGUUUCCGGCGACGACAAAGGUCGCCAAACAGCCCUCUCCACAAAGCGCUUUCGUAGUUGCCAGCAAUUCGCCGAUCGCCACCGUCGAAGCUACCGCCGUUUUGCUUCUUCGCCUCGCCUUGAGGGUCCUGCCACCGAGGCGCACCAUCGAGCAGCUCCUAGGCGGCCUUGGAAACGACCGCGCGCUCCAGAACACCCUCAAAAUCCUCGAGCAAGCACGCGCAGCCCAGCGGCGGAACCCGAAAAUCAGGCUCAAUCUCGAGUAUCGCAUCAAAAUGGCCAAGGACAAGGUGUCGCCCGCCGUGGACGAGGAGCGCUCGAACGCGACGACGAGCAAUGCCUCGUCCAAGAGGAAACGAGGAAACGAGCCAAAGUUUUACGCAGUCAAGGAUGGCCGCAAGCCGGGUGUAUACGCAAACUGGAAUGACUGUCUGGAUCAGGUCAAGGGAUUCAAGGGUGCAAUAUACAAGUCCUUCCCCAGCGCUGCCGAAGCAGAAGCUUUCGUUUCCGGCACCGCUUCAAACGACAACCCCGAAAAGUUCUACGCCGUACAGAGCGGCCGCGUCCCCGGCGUCUACACGGACUGGCCUUCGGCGCAAAAACAAACAACGGGCUGGACGCGCCCCAAGUACAAGGCGUUCCCCACGCGCGCCGAGGCCGAGGCCUUCGUGAAGGCAGGCAAGAAGGUUGGCGAGUCCGUCUCCAAUGUCGCCGUCGAACCAGACGCUCAGUCGGACACGACGGUCGGGAAGAAGUCGGAGCCGCCGGCCAAGAGGCAGAAAAAGUCUGCGGCGGCGGAGGAGUCGGCAGCAACAAAUUCAGGUCCGUCGGAGCCCGGCACCGGCUCUCUUCCAGAGGGCGCCGAGGAUGGUUUUGAUCCGCGUGUGAUACUAAAUCCCGAGACAGGAAAGGUCGAGUGGAAGACCGAAGAGCAGCUGGCGGCGACCAAGAAGAUGCCCACCGGCGAGUCCAAGGGCGGCAUGCUCAGGAUCUACACGGACGGCAGCUCGUUGGGUAAUGGCAAAAAGGGCUCUGUCGCUGGUGUAGGCGUCUUUUUUGGGCCUCUGGACAAGAGAAACGUGUCUGAAGGGCUCGCCGGCCCGCGCCAGACCAAUCAACGUGCAGAGCUUACGGCAAUCCAGCGUGCGCUCGACAUAACGCCUCUCCAGCGCGACGUGACAAUAUUCAGCGACAGCAACUACUCGAUCAACUGCGUGACGGUGUGGUUUGUGAACUGGCGCAAGAACAACUGGGUGACGGCGUCCAAGAAGCCGGUCGAGAACAAGGACCUCGUCGAGACCAUCAUCGCCCGCAUCGAGGAGCGCGAGAAGCUCGGCUCCAAGACCAUCUUCACCUGGCUCAAGGGCCACGCCGACGACCCCGGCAACAUCGCGGCUGACGAGCUGGCCGUCCAGGGCGCCAGGAACGCCCAGGCGGCACUGAGGGAGGCUUAG